UCGAGGCCUCACCCCAAAUCGAGUGACAAAGUAGGGUUCCAUCUUCUUCCUCUCCCUCUCCCCCUCCCUCGAAUCUCUCGCGCAGCCGUCGCUCCUCUGCCUUCCCUCUCUCCCCGCUUGACCCGCCGCCCCUCGCGCGCCGCCAUCCGCGCAUUCUCCCCUGGACGCGGCGAACACGAGGAACAAGGAUGGCGACUGGGCGCUGCGGGCACACAGAGCACGCCCCAGAGCUCCACAGCCUCUGGCUCGGCUUCUCGACCAGCGGCCGCCUCUGCGCGUGGGACAACUUGUGUGCCCUCAUUGUUACCACUGAAGCCUGCUCAAAGGCGAAGGCCGCUCAUCUCCAUCACUGGGAGGAGCGCCAGCCGCCGAGACAGCCAUCCACUUCGCCAUUGCCGACGUCCUCGCCCCGGCAGAUCGAGAGAGAUGCGGAAAAGAGGCGGGAGGAAGAGGAAAAGACGUGCCAGCUCCAUCCCCUCCACUGCGUUGUGCGCUUGGCUCUCACCUGCAACCAUUCUACCUCCACCCCCUGCCAAAUUCUCCAUCCCUUUCUUACAGAUUCCUGUAAGUUCUUAUUGUUCGGCUACCUGUACAUGGAUGUUUAUCCCAAAAAAUAGAGAAAGAAUCAAGUGUUCCAAAUGCUCAAUGUGUUUAGGAUCCAUCGCAAAACAGUACAGAUAUAAGCCAUCUAAAAACAGACUGGUCAUUUUGUUUUCAUUUGCUUUUGGUUUGGUACUGAUCAAUAAACUGCUUAAUAUGUUUUAGGAUCCAUUGCUUUUAGUUUGGUACUGAUCAGUAAUGAAAGCAAUGGAGCAAAGCAAUACUGAUCCAACUGGUGUGGGGAGUUGACGGCCAACUAACCAAAAGCAAUGAAACAAAAUGAAACAAGAGAGAUGGUUCAGAGGUGUGAUGUACUUCCUUAGUCUUUGUUUUCCUUUUGUAUCAUUGCUCUUGAUUUGUUUACUGUGAACUUUCUCUCUACAGUCACACGCCUAUAAUCAACCGGUCCAGGUAGACGAGAUAAGGUAAAUGUGAUUGCAUUAGCAAACUCCAUUUUCGUGUAACAACAAAAACAGAGGAAACUCCAUUUUAUUGUAAUUACAAACAAAGAACUUCUAGACGGCGAAGCUGCUACCCUGCUCCUCUCCCUGCAAACCUCCUGAUAAAUGAAAUGUGCUAUCUGUCCUAAA